CCCGCCUCCUUCCCUGGUGCUCAUUGGUUGCGGCCCUCGCUUGUCCCGCCCCUGGUGUCAGCCCGCGUUUCCCGGAGUGGUUGGCUGACCCACGCGGGGUGGGUGGGCCGGGCAGCCCAGAGGGCAGCGGAGGGCGGGCCGGAAGGAGCUGGGAACGGCGUUCAGCUCCCGCCCCGCGCGGCCGGGGGGACCCGGACCGUCGGGCUGCAGUCCCGUCCCGCCGAGCCUCUAGGCUGUGUCCAUCCUGGGGAAAGCAGGAGGCUCCGAUGCUUUUGCGGCGGCCGGAACCCCAGGCUCGCGGCCCCAGUUUCCGGCCGGCCGAGGCGCUCAGCGGCCCGAGCGCACGGAAGCGGGCUCGGGGGGCCGGGCGGGGGCCGGACUGGAGAUGGCGCCGCCCUCGGACCCGGACUCGGCCGCGGUGCUCCUGGCUGUGCACGCCGCGGUGAGGCCACUGGGCGCGGGGCCGGACACCCAGGCACAGCUGCGGAAGCUGCAGCUGACCGCGGACCCGGAGCGGCCCGGGCGUUUCCGGCUGGAGCUGCUGGGCGCGGGCCCCGGGGCGGUCAGUCUGGAGUGGCCCUUGGAGUCCGUUUCCUACACGGUCCGAGGCCCCAGCCAGCAUGAGCUGCAGCCUCCACCGGGAGGGCCUGGGACCCUCAGCCUGCAUUUCCUCAACCCCCAGGAGGCUCAGCGGUGGGCAGCGCUAGUUCGAGGCGCCACCAUGGAGGGGCAGAAUGGCAGCCUGUCCCAAGCCCUGGGCCCAGAAAUGUGCCCCGUUUCCCCGCCCAGUCCCCCUGAGGUGCCCACGCUCCAGGCCCCACAACCCAAGGUGGAUGUUUGCUGGAGCCCGGGAGACGCUGUGGAGAAAGAAGAGCUGGUGCGGCGCCUGGCCCGGGCCAUCGAGGCUGGGGAUGAGCAGGGGGCAGCCCAGGCUGCGGCCAUCCUGGCCCAGCAUCAUGUGGCCCUCAGUGUCCAGCUCCAGGAGGCCUGCUUCCCUCCCGGCCCUGUCAGGCUACAGGUCACGGUUGAGGAUGCUGCGUCCUCUGCCCAUGUCUCGCUGCAAGUUCGCCCCCACUGCACCAUUGCGACCCUCCAGGAGCAGGUGUUCUCGGAGUUUGGCUUCCCACCAGCCGUGCAGCGCUGGGUCAUCGGGCGGUGCCUGUGUGUGCCCGAGCGCAGCCUUGCCUCCUAUGGGGCCCGGCGGGACGGGGAUCCCGCUUUCCUCUACCUGCUCUCAGCCCCUCGAGAAGCCCCAGGACACAGCCCUCAGGGCCCCCAGAGGCUGGAUGGGGAACUGAGUCGCCUGUCUCCUCCGUCACGGGGGGUGCCCAGAGCUGCGCAGCCGGCCAGCUCCAGCCUCCCCAGCCCCCUUCAGGUGGGUAAGGGGCUGGACAGGGUGGGCCUGGGACUCUCCGGGCCCUGGAAGGAAGGAGGAGCAGCAACUCCCCCCCCGCCCCAGCCCAGCUGGUCCUGCCCUUCUUGCACGUUCAUCAACGCCCCCGGCCGGCCCGGCUGCGAGAUGUGCAGCACCCAGAAGCCCUGCACUUGGGACCCCCUUUCUGCAGCCUCUGCCCAGCAGCCACCAAAGCCCCAGGUCACAGAGAGAGAGGAUGCCCCAGUCCCUCCAGGCCCGAGGCCCCUGGACCCCUCCUGAAACUCGCAGGGGACCUUUGCUGACUGCUCGCUAAGGAUAGCAUCUGGGCUGGGGAGGGGCACAGUCUGGAGUCAUUAAAGACACUUCUGAGCCA